UAUAAACUAGCUGACAAAGUCGUUGCACUUGUCAACGGAUCACAAUAUGAAAGACUCUUGGAAUUUCAUUAUUAUAUGUCUUCUCUCCACCCUAUGGACUUGUUACGAUGAAAGUCAUGCGGCACAAGGAUCUUAUCGGGUUUAUUCACGAAGUGAAGGAAAAUACAGAGACGUGAAUUUUACUAUCGCCGACGUACCACGUAUCGGAGAUUCAUCCGAACAAUUGUUAGGAGCUGGGAAUGAACAGCAGCAGCAGGGCAAUGUUUUUCUAGAUCAAGCAUCAACACCAGAGGAAUGUGCCAGAGAAUGCAGAGCCGAUGAGCCCCCAAGAACCUGUUACUACCACUGGACAGUAGAAUACUAUCGGACAUUGGGCAGUGCGUGUGAAUUAUGUGAACACACGACAAAUACUUCUCUCACAAGUGACUGCCAAUGUAUCCUAGCUGAUGGCGUGGAGAUGACAGGUGUCAUGGUCAUCAACAGAAUGUACCCAGGUCCCUCAAUUCAAGUUUGCCUAGGUGAUCUUGUAGUUGUUGAUGUUGCCAAUCACGCUUUUGGCAGUGGUCUCACCAUUCAUUUCCAUGGAAUCUAUCAAAAUGGAUAUCAGUACUACGACGGUGUUCCUUUUGUCACACAAUGUCCCAUAACGUUCAGAUCAACUUUCCGAUACAAAUGGCGUGCACAAAAUGCUGGAACACAUUUCUAUCAUGCACAUACAGGUCUUCACAAGCCUGCUGGUGUAGAAGGUGCUGUUAUAAUUCGUUCUGUCCGAAAAGAGGAUCCCAGCAAUGAAUAUUACGAUGAAGAUGGAUUUGAUAAUGUUAUAUACAUUAAUGAUUGGUUUCAUACUAAUCCUAUUGACCAUUGGCCGGGUACUGAUGUACGGAAUAUAGGACAGAUACCUGAUAAUUUCUUGAUUAAUGGCAGAGGCCAGUGGUUUAAUUCUACAAGCAAUAGACUGACGGAUACUCCACUCGCCGUCAUCAACGUGGAGCCCAAUCGACGAUACAGGUUCAGAAUGAUAAACAGCUUGAGCUGGACUUGCUCUAUUCAAAUGACAAUUCAAGAUCACAAUAUGACGAUAAUUGCAACCGAUGGUGAAGCCAUUGAACCGAAGGUCGUGCAGACUAUCAAUUCUUUCUCAGCUGAACGCUAUGACUUUGUCUUGACGACCGAUCAGAAGAUAACGUCUUACUGGAUUCAAGUCAGAGGGUUGCAAAGCUGUGCGGACACCAAAGUAGCACAAUAUGCUAUCCUUCGUUAUUCUGGUGCACAACUUAAGGAACCAGAAGGAGAGAGACUCACGUAUGAUCAAUCCUUGCCAUUGGGAAUUGUUUUCAAUGAUCCUAAUGAAGUAUGCGAGAAUUCAUCAGAAAAUCUAGUCUGCGUAAAGAAUCUCCAGAGCGCAGCGCCAACGAAUGAGAGAAUCUCACAAGAAAAAGCGGACAUAACGAUAUAUAUUCCUUUCAAGUUCUAUCAAUACACGAAUGAACAAUUAUUCAAGUCGAAUACUUAUAAAAAUUUUGAAGUACCGACGGGUGGAAAUUAUUUUGUUUCACUGUUACAAAAUAUUUCGAAUGAAUUCGGGGCAUCCCCGUAUCUCACGCAGAUGCAUGAUAUUCCACCUGAAAGAAUCUGCAGCGGUGACGAAGUACCUAAAAUUUGUAAAAAGGACGAGCCCUGUUUCUGUUCUCAUCUUAUUGAUAUACCACUGAACAGUGUUGUGGAAUUGGUAAUGGUGGACGAAAAUCCACUCGGCCUAGCGCAUCCGUUUCACCUUCAUGGUUACGGCUUCCAUGUAAUAGGUCAGGGAAGCUUUGAAUCUAUGGGGAUUUCAGGUGGAGUGGAUAGAAAUAAAGCAAUCGAAUUGGAUCAAGCAGGACUAUUGAUCCGUAAUUUAGAUCGUCCACCGGUAAAAGAUACAGUUGCCACUCCUUCAAAUGGCUACAUCAUUCUCAGAUUUUACGCCGACAAUCCGGGGUAUUGGUUGUAUCAUUGCCAUUUCCAGUCACACUUGUUAGUUGGCAUGGAGAUGGUAUUCCACGUCGGCGACAAUAGCAAUCUUCCCCCGAUUCCAGAUGGAUUCCCAACAUGUGGAGAUUUCAAACCCAGUGUUUGGGAGUUUGAUUGAGAUAUCCAAUUGAAAAUUUUCUGUAUGAAUUUUGAGGAAAUUACUGUUCAGGUUUCUUCAAUUUUGUAUGGCACGCAUCUGUUGCACUUCGAUGAGCCUCAAAUUAUCUGAAAAAUUACGGAAUAAUGCAAUGAAUAUGCAAUA